AUGGAGGCGGCCGCCUCCAGCCUCUCGACGCUGCUCUCCACCCUGCGUGUAGACGGGCCCUGGACGCCGCCGGGAACCUGGGAGUCGGUCGUCCCUGAGAGCGGCGCCGCUCGCGUCUCAGACUUCGGAGCCCGUCGCCUGCAGCCGAUCUACGAGCUCGCAUCGGUUACUGAUGAUGCUUUGGUUCAUCUGGCCUUGCACGCGCUGUAUGGUGUCAAAUCAUCGUUAGAUGAGAUUGAGGAGCUUUCAGCGCUGUUCUCCUCAAAUCCGGCUGACAGGACUUCUAACCGUGUCACAAAUGUGUGGUUUCGUUCCUCGAGCACCACAUCCGUGGGGAGUAUUCUCAAAUCUUUACGCUCUACGGGUCUUGCGGUCUUCUUCCUUCACAAGUUUGUGCACUUUUACCUUUUCCAAAGUCGAGAAAUGAAUUGUGCAAGUAGAGAAGUUCACGGACAGGAUGAUUCUGAUGAUAAAGACAUUGAGCAGCAUCGGCCUUACAGUCUAGUAAACCAAGCAUUUGCAGCAGCAGUUAAUAAGGUCCUCGAAGGCUAUUUCUGUUCCUUGAAUACUUUACCAGCAUCAAUUAGGAUUAGGCGUUCAGCGGGCCAGUCUGGCAUACCUUCCAAGAUUUCAGAUGGAAUGAGUUGUAAUUCCACUUCAGAAGUCACUCUUCUGGAAAUUUAUCUACACACUGAGGAGUUAAGAAGGCAUGUUAAAUCCCUUGGAAAUAUUUGUUUCCCUAAGUUUGCAGGUGUUACAUUGUGCCAGGAGGGUUUGAAUACUGAUGCAAAUGUGGAGUUUGAGAAUUUCCCACGGGGCACCGAUUUGCUUUCCUAUUUGUAUGUCCAUAUUCGUGAUGCUGAUCCAGUUCACUAUGGUCUUCUGAAGUAUCUUUUCAUUCGUUCCUGUGAGCCAUACUUUAACUUCAUUAAGUCAUGGAUUUACCGAGCUUCUGUUGAUGACCCAUAUGAGGAAUUUCUCAUUACACAAACUGAAAAUAAGUGUGCUCAAGGAGUCUCUUCUGACAUAACAGAUGAGUUUACCCUCUUCCCCUUAAAGGGAAGAAAUCAUGUAUCUGCUCCAUGUUUUCUAAAGGAGAUAUGCCAUCCUCUUUUGCGUACUGGGCAGCAGCUUCAAGUGCUCAUGAACCUUCUAAAGUCGUGCAAUCUGUCUGCUACUGGAGGGGAUGCUUAUCCCUCUCGUAAUAUCAUUCAUAUGGAGGGGGUUCUCCCGUGGUUUGAUACACCAAUUGAGUCUUCAAUGAAUUCAUUUACGUUCUCAAAAAGCAGCGUGGAGGCAGUAACAUGCAAAAGGAAUGCUAUGUACAAGUCGAUGAUGGAGAAGCUCCAACAUUUUUUCUCUAAUGUUGAGGUGAUUCCUUUCGAUACUGCAUCAAACUUCCUACAUAAAAGGACGGACCUUCUGGAUACAUCAGUUUCAGAUGCUGAGCUGUUCUACGGGGACAGCGACUCUGCACUACCUUGCAAUAUGGCUGCAGAUGAAAAAGAUCAUGAUGCUUCUUUGAAUUCCGAAGAAUCUUCAGAUAAAGAGGAUCCCUUGGAAUCUUCAGAGUGCUCUUCUUAUACCUCUAUGGAUGGCACAGAAGUUGAGAGUUCUACAGCUUGUGAAAAUUUGUCUAGUUCCAUGUUCUCAUUAUACUGUACAAGCACAGAUGAAGCAAAAUGCUCCUUGGUAACCAGGAAGCUGCUUUCUUCCCAAGCCAGUUCAGUUCACCACGGAAUAAGUUGUGCAAUCCCUAUUGAUGAGUGUGAGAAAGAUGAAAGCUUGAGUUGCCAACAUGUUCCUGUGCACUCACAGAAUACUAAGCAUACUGCAUUGCCUGAUGGUUUAGAACUGGAUUAUCAGUAUAGUCAGUUUUCCCCGUUUCACAGGUUUAUGAAGAGAACCAGUUCCUCAUCUGAAAACAUUGAUUCAGUUGGGGAGUUCUUAUAUACUGAUCAUAAAAGGUCAGUAGAGAAAGUAUCACAUGGUAAUGCAGUUUAUCCAUUACAUUCUGAAUCAGGGCCUACUAAACUAUCAAACAGUAAAAACAAUGGGAAGUUUGGUAAUAUAAAUCAGCCAUGGAAUACCAGUAUUCCUUACAAUCUCAGUUUGAACCCCAUACUGAAGAAUGCAGCUUGUUACCGUAUGGAGAGUGACGUGCAACAGAAAAGCAAGAACCAAUCACUUGCUAGCUUUGAUUUUGAGUCAGUCAUGGAUCCAUGUGAAGUAUAUUGUGCAAGGAGCCCAUCCUGCCUUGAUGAGUCUGUAAAUGGAGCAGCAACAGUUGUACAUCCUAGUACUCAGCCUUAUGAACAGCCUGAUUGUUCUACCAAGCUUCUUCAAGCUCAUACAAGAAGUCAGGCAUCCCUUAGUUCCUCAGGAGAAAUGUCAACAAGAGACAGUCUCCAGAAAAAUGCUUCUGGUGGGGCAUUCUGGGAGAGAUCAUUAUUAUAUAAUGAUAAAUCAAAAGAAAAACCAGCUGUGGACUUUAGUUCACAGUUUGAUAUGCCCCUUGAUAUAGUUAUCGACAAGUGCAUUAUGCAAGAAGUUUUGCUUCAGUAUAAAUAUGUUAGCAGCUUCACGAUGAAGUUGCUUGAGGAAGGUUUUGAUCUUUGUGCACAUCUGCUAGCUCUGCGGCGGUACCAUUUCAUGGAAAUAGCUGACUGGGCAGAUUCCUUUAUUGCUUCAAUUUAUCAUAAGAAAUGGUCAUUUGUUAAAUCUGAGCAGAAAAGAUCGGAGAUCCAAGGUCUUAUGGACUUGGCUUUGCAGAGAUCUUCUUGUGAUUCUGAUCCUUAUAAGGAAAGAUUGUUUAUAUACAUGAGGGAGCCACCCGUUGAUUCUUUUGAUGCCUCUGCAUGUGGUCUUGAUUUGCUGGAUGAUAUCUUGUUGGGUUAUAAAGCUGAAUGGCCAGUGAAUAUUGUCAUUACAGAUGACACACUUAAAAUAUAUGCUGAAAUAUUCUGUUAUCUUCUUCAAGUCAGGUUUGCAGUGUUUUCACUGACUGAAGUAUGGAGAUUUCUAAAGGAGUUGACACAGUUCAUCAGUCGCUCCAGCGAUAGCAGACCUGAUGUGUUGAAGAAAUUGAAUUUUGUAAUGAAAGUGAGGCAUAAACUUUAUCACUUUCUAUCAACACUACAGCAGUAUCUCCAUUGCCAUUUAUCUGAUAUAUCGUGGCGCCGUUUUCAACAUUCCCUUAAAAAUCAGGUGAGGGAUAUACUGGACCUGGAGUAUGUGCAUAUGUGUUAUAUUACUGAUGCACUUGACAUGUGUUUCUUAUCUGAUGAGUCAAAACAAGUUGCCAUGAUAAUCAAAAGCAUGCUGCAACUGGCUUUGGAGUUACGAUUAUGCUUCCAGAGUCUUGGUGAUACUUGUGACUUAUCGGUAAAUCAACUAAGUAAUCUGCAAUACCUUAUAAACUUCUCUCAGGUGGAUGUAAUUAGAACAAAGUUUGAGGGCAACAUCAGAGAUUUGUAUAUUUUGCAUUCGAAAUCUUCGAAAUAUGGGGAGCUUGGCCUUUCCCGUUUCUGGGGGUAUCUGAACUACAAUGAGUAUCAUUCUAUGAAAAUCAGUACAGAUAUGGGCAGCUUCUGUUUUUGA